UGAUAGAAAGAGGGUUGUUUACACUUCAUCGUCGGAUAUAACUUUCCUGGCAGUAUAGUGGGUGUAUUUAAUCGACAUAGGAAGCGACAGUAUGAGUCAGGAAUACACCACAAAGUUACAAACUUCAACGAGAGAAAAACUCCGAAAAUUUAACUCUCUGCGAGCCCGGGAGGUGCAGCCCGGUGAGUUUUGGGACGUGGUGGUUUUGACCGCUGUGGAUGGGAGCCAGAGGGAAGCGUACGAGCUGCAGAUCGGUGAGAAAGUUGACAGGAAAGAGCUUCCCCUCGGAAUUCACUACAAGGUCUUCUCAGAUCCGCCUGGAACUAAAAUAGGCAAUGGGGGCUCCACUCUGCACGCGCUGCAGCAGCUGAAUGACAUCUAUGGGAAGAGUCUGGGCAGACUGAGAGUCAUCCUCAUCCAUGCAGGAGGCUUCAGUCAGCGUUUGCCCAGUGCCAGCGCUCUGGGGAAGAUCUUUACCGCCAUGCCGCUGGGCGACCCUCUCUACCAGAUGCUGGAGCUCAAGCUGGCCAUGUAUGUGGACUUCCCAUCGCAGAUGAAGCCCGGCGUGCUGGUGACCUGUGCGGAUGACAUCGAGCUCUACAGCAUUGCAGAGGAUGAGAGUGUCAGGUUUGACAAACCUGGCUUUACAGCUUUAGCCCACCCGUCCCCGCUUUCUAUCGGGACUACCCACGGAGUGUUUGUGUUGGAUUUGUAUGAAAAGUCUACUUCCUCAGAAAUGGAAAACAUUUCCUGCUUGCACUUUCUGCACAAGCCGAGCAUCGAUAAGAUGCGAGAAAGCGGAGCUGUUUGUAAAAGGCAGAAUGACUGUUUUUCUCUCACUGACACUGAGUUUGUCUACACAGACAGCACCUAUUAUGUCGACUUUGACACCGCAAAGUCUCUUCUUGGUCUGCUGAAAGAGUUGGGGCCUUUGGACUGUGAGAUAGACGCAUACGGGGACUUUCUCCAAGCACUGGGCCCUAAAGCCACGAUAGAUUACACCAGCAACACUGCAAAUGUCACCAAAGAGGAGAGCAGCCUGGUGGAAAUCCGGCAGAAGAUCUUCCAUCUUUUAAAGGGGACUCCCUUGAAUGUCAUCCUCCUGAACAACUCCAAGUUUUAUCACAUCGGAACCACGUCAGAGUACCUGUUUCACCUCACAGAGGAUGCGGUGCUGCGGAGUGAGCUGGGCCUCCUGUCAUGUGCCUUCAGCGUACAUACGAACGAAUGCUUUGAAGGCUCCCCGGGAUGCUGUGUUAUGUACAGCGUCCUCGAUCCCAGCUGCUCUGUGGGAGCUGGAUCAGUGGUGGAGUACUCCAGACUGGGAGCAGGAGUUUCCGUAGGUGGGGGCUCCAUCGUCAGCAGCUGCCGGGUCAGUGCAGGCCUCUCAGUGCCAGAUGGAGUCUUCAUGCAUUCACUGUGUGUGAAUCACAAGCAGCAAACCAGGUGUGUAACUGUCAUGUUUGGGAUUAAUGACGACUUGAAGCGCAGCGUGGAAGCCCCCGCGUAUAUGGAGGAGCUGAAGCUUUGUGGGUCCAGCCUGGCAGAGUGUCUGUCCCACUGGGGGCUGGAACAUGAAGCCCUGAGGUUCUCCGGCGAUGCAUCCAGCUGUAGUUUGUGGAAGGCUUGUUUGUUUCCUGUUUGCUCUGAUCCGCAAAGCUCGUUCUCAAUGUCUCUGGAGAUGCUGCAGGCCGUCCUGGGUGGCUCCUCAUUCACCCUCCCCAAAGACACAAAGCUGAUGUCCAUGCAAGAGGCCUUACAGUGUAAGAACCUGGAUGAGAUGUUGAAGUUCAGGAGGGGACUAUACGAAGACAUCACACAGAGAAAAUCAAACAAUUGACAGCGUUCCCACGGUCAUGAAAUUCCUGGAAAAGCUAUGAAAUUAGAAAAGUUAAAGGAAUGAGCACAAUGUUUUUGAAUGUACAUUGUUUUGGCUAUAUGUAAUUGUUGAGACGUCUCUAGUAUCACAUGAUACACAUUGGCAUAUGCAGCUAGCUGGUGGUGGGAAUGUGUAACGAGCUAGUUAAAUUAUCAAGCACUAGCAAUCUGCCAGUAAGUAAAAAUGCCUGGGAAGUGCGGGUUUCAUAAUGUGCCCCUUUCGAACGGCACAUAUAACACAUGGGUCAAGAGAGGCAGAUCGUAGCCUCACUGGACGGAGGCUGUGACCACAAUGUUUCACAUUAGCAACAUCAGGGACGCAGCUCUGGGAAAAACGGAAGCCAUGCUAAAGGGAAAAAGCAUUAAGAACCAAAAGGUCGGUCAAAAGGCUUCCAGCGUUUCACGCCUGCCAUAGCCAGGCCAGAUAAUGUUACUGCUUCUAUGAGCACGGCAAGCUGUGCAGCUGCAAGACACCUUCAACCGAAGGAAGACCGAAGAACCGGUCCAGUCCAUCGAGCUAUCUGCCGUGGUGGACUCGUGUUACUCACGCAGCUCCUGUUGUAUCACAGGUGAGCUUUUCAGGGCUGCGUUUUCCAACAGCAGACAAAUAUAGCUGUGGGGAAACUAAGUGUGCGUUUGGAAUUCCGCCCUAUUUAAACCGCUCGCUGUCAGAAAGGUGUCCAGGCAGGCUGGUUACAUAAUGGUGUUCAACGAAAGCCUGAACAAAGCUCCUCAGCUCAAACAGAUGGACCUGCACAUCGGCUAAAAACCUGGCAUGUCGGCUCAGAAGAAGAGCCUCAUUAUUUCACACCAUGAUCACUAUAUAGGCCUGCAUAUUUUAAAAUGCUUGGAAGUCAGGGAAAUGGGGUGAAAUAUUAUGUUUGGAUAACUCAUUGGUGAGAAUGUGUGGGAAACCUGAAUUAAAGUAACUAUUUUUAAUUGAGAUCUCAUUGAUUGUGCUACAAAUCAUGUUUGUUUUGUAUGAUUAUUUGUUGAUUAAAUGA